CGCUGGUGGGAGGCUCGGGCGGGCUCCAGUGCCCGCGUAGGUCCUGCUCACCCCGCAGCCACCACCCGCCCGGUGACCAUGAUAGUGUUUGUCAGGUUCAACUCCAGCUAUGGCUUCCCAGUGGAGGUCGAUUCUGACACCAGCAUCUUCCAGCUCAAGGAAGUGGUUGCUAAGCGACAGGGGGUUCCAGCUGACCAGCUGCGUGUGAUUUUUGCUGGGAAGGAGCUUCCGAAUCACCUGACAGUGCAGUCCUGUGACCUGGAACAACAGAGUAUCGUUCACAUAGUACAGAGACCACAGAGGCAUGAAACAAAUGCAUCUGGAGGGGACAAAACCCAGAGCAACUCAGAGGGCUUUGCAUGGGAGCCCAGGAGCUUGACGAGAGUGGACCUCAGCAGCCAUAUCCUACCAGCAGACUCUGUGGGGCUGGCGGUCAUUUUGGACACAGACAGCAAGAGUGACUCAGAAGCAGCCAGAGGUCCAGCAGUUAAACCCACCUACAACAGCUUUUUUGUCUACUGCAAAGGCCCCUGCCACAAGGUCCAGCCUGGGAAGCUCCGAGUUCAGUGUGGCACCUGCAGACAAGCAACCCUCACCUUGGCCCAGGGUCCAUCUUGCUGGGACGAUGUCUUAAUUCCAAACCGGAUGAGUGGUGAGUGCCAGUCUCCAGACUGCCCUGGAACCAGAGCUGAAUUUUUCUUUAAAUGUGGAGCACACCCAACCUCAGACAAGGACACAUCAGUCGCUUUGAACCUGAUCACCAGCAACAACCGCAGCAUCCCCUGCAUAGCGUGCACAGAUGUCAGGAGCCCUGUCCUGGUCUUCCAGUGUACCCACCGUCACGUGAUCUGUUUGGACUGUUUCCACUUGUACUGUGUCACAAGACUCAACGAUCGGCAAUUUGUCCAUGACGCUCAGCUUGGCUACUCCCUGCCGUGUGUGGCUGGCUGUCCCAACUCUCUGAUUAAAGAGCUCCAUCACUUCAGGAUCCUUGGAGAAGAGCAGUACAAUAGGUACCAACAGUAUGGUGCCGAGGAAUGUGUGCUGCAGAUGGGAGGUGUGUUGUGCCCCCGUCCUGGCUGCGGAGCUGGGCUACUACCUGAACAGGGCCAGAGGAAAGUCACCUGUGAAGGGGGCAACAGCCUGGGCUGCGGGUUUGUUUUCUGCCGGGACUGCAAGGAAGCAUACCAUGAAGGGGAAUGUGACUCACUGUUCGAAGCCUCCGGGGCGACUUCUCAGGCCUACCGAGUGGAUGAAAGAGCCGCUGAGCAAGCUCGUUGGGAGGAGGCCUCCAAGGAAACCAUCAAGAAAACCACCAAGCCUUGUCCUCGCUGCAAUGUGCCAAUUGAAAAAAAUGGAGGAUGUAUGCACAUGAAGUGUCCGCAGCCCCAGUGCAAGCUGGAGUGGUGUUGGAACUGCGGCUGUGAGUGGAACCGAGCCUGCAUGGGUGAUCACUGGUUUGACGAGUAGAGAGGGAUGUCACUUGGCCCUGGACGCACGAUCUCAUGGGAAACACCAAAGACUCCUGUCUUCAUUAGCCAUUUCUUCUUCGCGAUGCAGAUAAGCACAUACACACACACGCGCACAAACACGGCCUGCAGAUCACAGAAGCAGCCCCGAGGUCCUUUCCAGGGCACCCACAGAAAACCACAGCACCCGCUGCCGCCAGCAGGAGGCGCUUUCAGCCUCUGGCUCAUGCAAAUGUCGGAGCUGGGAUGAGAGUGAACCCUUGUUUUGGAUUCUCAUCCCAAUGAGAAUUUGAGUCACGUGGUCAUGAGUUUUCCCCGGCUUAACCUCCUACCUACCUUCCGCUUCACUAAAUCCAUGUAGAAACCAUGGGUGAGGUGGGAAGUACUUUCCAGGGCUGUUGCCGCGCCCUGGGUAAAUUACAUUUCUGUGGCUUCUCAGAAGCACUUUUGAGAUCUGAGGGUCGAUGUCCUUACGUAGCAAUCAUCUAUUCCCAGAGGGCCCUCGACAAUAGCCAAAAAUACUUGUUUAUCCCCCAGAUCCUAUCCUUAUAAAUGGUGCUGAUGAGAUUACAACCUCACUGUAUACUAAUCAGCUUAUCAAACAGUGGGAGCCUAGGAAAGCUAAUUGGAACACAGAUUUUAAAUUACAGGGAGAGCAUGGAAGCCGAACCUACUUACUUUAAUUACCUGCAACGGCCGGGCGGUGGUGGCCCACGCCUUUAAUCCCA